AUGUCAAGUUCAGAGCAACUAAAAAAUGAAAACGAAUAUUAUUUAAGAGAUGCAGAUACAAUUGAAGUAUUUAAAUACCCUAAUCAAGCUUCAAAAUUGAUUUGGAGUAUCGAUUCCAAUAAUAUUUUACAAAUUUCUGCUCAAAUUAUAGAAUUUAUUAAAAAUAACAAAAUAUCUAUCAAAAUGGCACUUUAUUUGAUUAGUAAUUUUUCACAUAUUCGUGUUAAAGAUAUUAAAUUAUUUGCAGAAUUAUAUUUAAAUAUAUCAAAGGAAUUUUCAUGCAUUAUCAAACCAGAAACUUAUAAAUUAGCAAUGCUAUUAUGUUACAAUGGCUUGAAAUUUGAAAAUUUCGAAAAAUAUGCAGUUAUAGAAGGAAACAUAAACAUUUUUAUGGAAAAGAUAGAAAAAGAGAACACAUUUGCAAAAACGAAUAAUAUGGAAUUAUGUUGUCAUGAGUUAGAAAUUGGAGAGUACCUUAAAUCAUAUUUUGGACGUUCUCCUAAUUCAAUAGCAGAAUGUAUGUAUUUCGGUAACUAUGAUGUUGCUUCGUUUUUGAUUUCUAAUGGAGCAGAUAUCAAUGAUAUUUACAUUAUUUUUCUUUUCAGAUUUAUCAUUGUUUAA